AUGGAGCAACCCGCCCACCGUCCGUCCCGGAAGGACACCGUCCUAUCUCGCCGAUACAUUGAAGGCCUCAUUGCGGAAGGAAAACAUGUCAUGAUUUAUGAAAACCGUGUGCUGAAGGUCGAUGCCUGGCUCAAAUACCACCCUGGAGGUGAGAAGCCUAUCAAGCACAUGGUGGGCAGAGAUGCGACAGAUGAGAUUAACGCACUACACUCCCAAGAAGCUCGCGAGCGUAUGCCCGCCUAUCAGAUUGGACGAAUUGAAGGAACAUGGAUCAACUUCCUCCCUCCAAUCCAGGGCGGCAAAUACCGGCUGUACACGGAGGACACAUGCUUGAGCGAGGAGGAAUCAACAACACAAGAAAGCUCCAGUGGCUCCAGUCAGGGAGAUUCAGCUCCUCCAUCCCCAGUAUUCGAUCCCGUCGACUCAAAAUCCUCCGUGAGACAACGGAAGCCAUCCGCCAACGCUGCCCCUUCGGCCACAAACGAACGAUCACAACCGCAGCCCGCCUUCUUGGACGCCAGGACCCAGAAAGAAAUCGACUUUGACAUCGCCAAAUAUCCAUCCUUGGAUACUGCGAGGCAGGAAGAGAUCAAACGAAAGUACCGCGAACUCAACGAGCGCAUCAAGGCCGAGGGUCUUUACAACUGCAACUACUUCUGUUAUGCUAUAGAAUGCUGUCGGUAUACACUCUUCGCAGGCCUGUCCUACAUGUUCCUGCGCAUGGGAUGGUGGGCGACCUCUGCAUUUUUCCUCGGCUGUUUCUGGCACCAGCUUGUUUUCACCGCUCAUGAUGCCGGUCACAUGGGCAUCACACACAAUUUCCACGUCGACACUGUGAUUGGAAUGGUCAUCGCGGAUUAUCUCGGCGGAUUGAGUCUCGGCUGGUGGAAACGAAGUCAUAACGUUCACCACAUCGUGACCAAUGAGCCUGAGCAUGAUCCCGAUAUCGAACAUAUCCCAUUCUUCGCGAUCUCGCAUCGGUUCCUUACGAGUCUUAAGAGCACUUACUACGAUCGUAUCAUGACUUACGAUGCCCCGUCGCGAUUCUUCCUCAAGAUCCAAAAUUACUCUUACUACCCUAUCAUGAUGCUUGCCCGUUUCAACCUCUACGCUUUGAGCUGGGAGUAUCUACUCAAGCGCCAAGCUCCUCGAAAGGGUCCCGCUUGGUGGCAUCUCUAUUUCGAGCUUGUCGGCCAAGUCUUUUUCUGGACUUGGUUCGGCUAUGGCGUUAUGUACAAAACGCUUCCCGAUGCCACUAGUCGCAUUGUCUUCCUCCUCAUUUCUCAUGUCGUGCCUUCGCCACUUCAUGUUCAAAUCACGUUGUCUCACUUCGCCAUGUCAACCGCUGACCUCGGAGUUGGUGAAUCCUUCCCCCAGAAGAUGCUUCGCACCACCAUGGAUGUCGACUGCCCAACUUGGCUCGACUUCUUCCAUGGAGGCUUGCAAUUCCAGGCCAUCCACCACCUCUACCCUCGCAUUCCCCGUCACAAUCUUCGUCGCACGCAGAAGUUUGUUCUCGAAUUCUGCCGUGAUACCGGCAUUCCCUACGCGAUCUUCACCUUCUACGACGGAAACAAGGAGGUGAUCAGCCGGCUGGGUGAUGUUGCGAAACAGGUGCGCCUCAUGGAAGAAUGUCGCAAGUCUAUCGCCGAAGCAGGCGUGUUUUCCGAUCACCACUGA